AUGUCAUGGCGAGCGCGUUUUACGCCCUGUGUUGCCUCCCUAACCGUGUGGCUGAACCCCAAGGAUCCCAACUGUUUCGGAGUACGCAACUGGUGGCGUAACAAUCUACCGGAGUUACAGCUUUUGAAUCCUUUCUGCAGUUUUACUAUCCAAGAACUGUCUUUUGGCGAGCCUCACAUGUACAUCAACUAUACGCCCACAGAUCAGCGCAUGAUCCGUCUUGCUGGCGCCACAGAGGAUGAGUGCGAGGACAUAAUGGAGGCUUGUAUAACUUAUGGCAUGAACCACGCCAUUAUUGAGCGUCCUCGCACCGAUGACGGUGGUGAUUUAAUCAACCAGCCAGCCAUCACAUCGUUCGGGUAUACGGAGAGUUUCAUGUCCAAGUUGGAAGUUUCCCCUCCUGCGGAUAUUGGUCAGCGUACACCGGAGGGAGUUGACGACCCCGGACAGAAACCUCGCGUAUACCCCAGAAAUGUCGGUUUUAAAAUAAUGCCGUGA